AUGGCAUACUACAAUUCCAUUUUCAAUAUUGUAGUAGCCAUGUUGGCUACCACUUUUUUCUGCAGCUAUUCGGCUAACUCCAAUGUGUCAAGUGUAGCUGUGGAGCAAGAAGCAAAGGCUCUGCUGCAAGCUGGGUGGUGGACUCAUGACUCUCUCAACGCCAGCACUCCGGCUCCUUGCAACUUGUCUGGUAUUAGUUGCAAUCGCUUCGGAAACAUUACUCAUAUUUCUCUACUUCACAAUUCCAAGGUGCAAAAAAAGCUUGGCAGAUUUCUUAACAGCUCUUCGUUCCCAAAUUUAGUCCAUCUUGAUCUUGCUGAAGCUGGACUCAUUGGGAGCAUCCCUCCAGAAAUAGGUAUGCUUUCAAAGCUCACUCACCCGAACCUCUCCAACAAUGAUCUUAUAGGUGAUUUACCUCUUUCACUUGGAAACCUCUCCCAAUUGUUGAGGCUUGACAUUUCUUAUAAUCAUAUCAAUGGUUUCAUUCCUCCUCAAUUAGGAAACUUGAGCAAUCUCGGUGUCUUAAAUUUGAGCUCCAACCAAAUUAAUGAUCGAAUUCCUUCAACACUAGGUCUUUUGUUCAACCUCACUCACCUGGAUAUUUCUUACAAUCAAAUCAAAGGUGAGUUGCCUAAUUCAAUGACAUGCCUUGAUCAGUUAGUUUCCUUGUCUCUGUCCAAUAACAAGCUCAAUGGGCCAUUCCCAUCAACUUUGGGUCAAUUAACCAGACUAACUACUCUGUCACUUAGCUGGAAUCAAAUAAGUGGUAAAGUUCCUCCCGAAUUAGGAAACCUAAGGAACGUUCAAAGUCUAGACCUUGGUGAUAACAUGCUUAAUGGACCACUCCCUUCAACUUUGGGUCACCUAAACAAAUUAACUCACUUGUCAUUUUAUAGCAACCUAAUGAAUGGUUCAAUCCCUUCACAGAUAUGGAAUCUAACAAGCCUUACUUAUCUAGACCUAAGCAAUAACCUGGCCAACUACCUCCAGCUCUGGAUCAAUUAA